UUUUAAUGGUUGAAUGUCUCAAGGGGGGCGCCGACACGUCAUAAAUAUAAAAAAUUGUUAAUCGAAGUGCCGGAACAUGCUGAAGUUUUUAACGCACAAACUGAGGACUCACUCACUUAACGAGGAUCCAAAUCAAGAUAAGGCGGAUGACAAUCACGAUUCGGGAACCGAAUCAGAUGAUGAGUUUCAAGAUGGCAGUAUCACUGGAAACGAGCCUUCUGGUCCCAUGGGAAGUCCGUCAAGCCCUCCAGCUCCGGACAGUGCCCUCCCAUCGGACCCAAAUUUCUGUGCAUCAACGACGACAUUCAGUUACCUCCAACGCAAUUCAAGCGAAGAGUUAACAGAUAAUUCCGAAACACGAUUGCAACAUUCAGGAUCCGCAACAACAUCCAGACUGCAGAGCUGUCAAUCUCGUGAAUCUAGCUUACUGUCCCUAAAUUACAAUGACCAACACAGCUCCGAGGAGGAGCUCGAGGUGAUAAAUAGUCCAAAAGCAAUAGCAUCACAGGGAUGUAGACCAGCAACAGCACCGGAAAAACGGAAAUGGUCGCAAGUGAGCAGUAAUAGUAGUGCCCAGGGACAUUGCAGUCAGACACAACAGCAGUCCAGCCAAUCCGAAAAAUCCCAGUCGCAACAAACACUCGGUUUGGAUGUACCAACGAUCGUAUCCACUUCCUCGGCGCCGGUUAGCAGAGCCGGUAUGGAACCAGCUGGUUCAGGCUCCAGCGAUGAAGAGGUACAAGGCUUAUUGGGUAGUAGUAGAAGCAACGGGAGUAUAAUGUCUCAGCCAGUGCAAUUUCGUACAUCACCACCAAUCGAUGCUCACAAGCCAGGGAGAUCAUUAUCACCACCACCAAAGCUCUUCCAUGCAUCGACGAGGGAUCCACGACCGCCACCGAGGCCUCGUUCACGGCCCAGACAUCAUCCCCACCUAUAUCAUCACUAUUACCAUCAUCAUUAUCAAAUCGAGACGGAUGUAGACUCGCUGAGUGCUUGCAGUCCACGUAAACGUCAUCGACCACCUCAUCGUCAGCCCAGGCCAUGUCUCGAUUUUGAGAAAAUGCAACAGCUCCACCUUCACAAAAUCUAUAUCUGGCUGAUGGAAUGGAAGUACAUGAUUAUCGAUAAUCUCGGAGAAGUUGUAAUCGAUGGAAGGAACCUCUGGCUCUUUGAGAAUUCCCAGGUGCAACGAAUUUCCAUGAAAUUUGAAGUGCGAAAAGCGCACAAGCGUGCUCAGCCGCACCGUGGCGAGGUUCAGAUCAGACUGGUUGAAGACAGCAAAGUCGUAAAAAUUAAAUGAGUAGUGGAGCUCCUUGAGCUGCAGACGGGGGAUAAUGAACAAUAAAAAACAAACAGGGCUUCGAGCCGGUCUGACAGAUGGUAUGUGCAAGGAGAGAGCGAGUGCCUGAAGUUCACACACCUUUUGCAGAAGUCUUCAAGUACUGAAAGACGUCUGGGUAAAGUGAAAAUUCUACGGAAUUUAUGAGGAUGUGGAGAACCAAAAUGUCCUCGUUCCUGUCCAUCCCUUGAGUCACCACCCCAUCCUAUAAAAUCCCUAAAUACCCUUUUUAGAAAUACAAAAAUCCCAGUGGCCAAUAUAGUCAUGAAUCAGCAGUGAAAAAUAAAUCCUACACUUUGUUGUAAUACGUAUGGUCAAAAACAAGCAGAGCGAUGAGGAGAACAACUGGUCUCGGUUGGUUUGUCUCGUCAGUGCCUAGCGUACCACAUAGUACGCGCUCGUAGUAUCCGUAGUAUUCCCCGUCAGUAUCAGCUCCUGGCAAGGGGAUUGAGGAGAAGGGAGGAUGGUGGUGGUGAUGGGGGUCGAGAGGGGAAGUUCACCUUCCGUCCAUGCUCCCCUCAAUGGUUUGGAGUAAUAUCCUCCCUCUCCAUCUUUUCACCUUUCUCUUUCCCCUCGUGCAACACGCAAGCCACGCCCAUUCACCGUCCGCCAUCAUGUCAAUUUCUCUCCUUUCUCCCUCCCCCCAGUCACCCACCUCACCCUCUUGCCCCCCCUCGGAUGCAACACUGUAUCUGUCUCUCGUCUGAUGUCACAUUGGCGCUACCGCUUCAAAAGCAGUAGUUUAGAUAAAUAUGCGAGCAGACAUACCAGCUGCCACUGUUAUAACCAGUAGUAAAGCUUACUGCAGUGAACACCAAACUGCUAAUAUUACGAUUAUGUUGGAGAACUAGUCUUUGAAGACGAGAAUCCGAAUGGAUGAUAUUCCAGGGGUACAGGGGUGCUCCAUAAAAAAUGAAGGAGAGAGGAGUGGAGAGACGGUUCGAGGAAAAAGAAUGAAAGGAAAAUUUGCUAAUGCUGGGGCUUGGUAAGAGCCGACCAUGGGUUAAUAUUUUUUUUGUCUGUUCCUCGGGCUUUUGGGGGUGGGAAUAUACUGAGGUGGGGGUAGAAACAAUUACUGAAUGUCGAUUUAUGUUGUGGGAAUGGAAAUUGUCUUGUGAUCCAGUGGUAAUUUUUGCUGAACUAAAGAAGUUUCUCGGGAUUUUUUCUCGCAUUUGCGAUUCACUGGGUCAGGACGGUUUUCUUGGGGGAAAAAAUGUUAGCUCGUCGUGAACUAUUCACUUUCAGGUAAUGUUUGC